GAAAGCCGAGGGCGCAGCACCAGCUGAAGAGGCAAAAGCAGAAGGUGCAGCCGAGGAAGCUGCUCCCAAGGCUGGCAAAGGCCCCAAAGGUCCUAAGGGCCCUGCCAAGGGCCCUGGGAAGGGUCCGCCAGCACCCGGCGGGGGCAAAGGCCCGGCAGCGCCAGCUGGCAAAGGCCCAGGAGGGCCUCCUGGAGCUAAAGGGGGGGCAAAAGGAGGAAAGGGCGGCAAGCCCGGCAAGGGUGUAUCGCUCGAGACGAAGCCUGCUGUAAAGCCCUCGCAGCAGAUGAAGCCUCUGUGGUGGAACAAAAUGCUCUUCGGGGCGCAGCUGCAAAAGGGCGAGACCAUCUGGGAUGAGGUGAAGGAUGACAUGGACAAGCUCCCAAUCGGAGAGCUCACCUUACGAUUUAGCAAAGCAGCCAUCGCACAGAAGGAGAAGCCAAAGAAGGAGGAAGGCCUAUUGGACAUUUUCAGUCACAAGAAGAUGGCACAACAGGGUGAGAAGAAGAAAGAGGAGGUCACUUUGAUCCGAAUCAUCACUGACCCUCAGAUCGUGGUCGGCAAGGAGGCAUCGCUUCGAAAGUUGCCAGAGCCCAGCGAGGUUGCGAAAGCACUGGACGAACUCAAUGACAAAAUCCUGGAUCUGGAAAUGUUGCAGGUGGUCAAGGACAACGCUUGCCCGAAUCCUGCGCAGCUCAAGGAGCUGGGUGAAGCUCGCCAGAAGAAUCCCAAUGUGCCGCUGGCCCUUCCGGAGAGCUUUAUGUGGGUCAUUGGGAACAUGCCUGCAUACCAGCAACGCAUCGACGUGUGGAGCUUUGCGCAGUCCUACAAGGAGCAGCAUGCCUCUUACGAUGUGGCGCUCCGAGACUUCUUGUCGCUGGCCUUUUUUGGAGCUUGA